AUGGUGCUGCGGGCUGCGGCGCUGGCGAUGCAUGCCUGCCUCCUGGCCGCCCUCCGCCCCAGCGAUCCCAAUGUCUGCAGCUACUGGGAGAGCUUCACGGUGGCGGUGAAGGAGUCGUACACCAAACCCCACGUCGUGUCCUCCGCUGAGCCCUGCCCCGGGGUGCUGGGGUCCCCCCUGCCCUGCCUGCAGCAGAGGUGCCGGGAGAGGUGCCCGGUGGGGCGGUACGGGCAGGACUGCCAGGAGAGCUGCGACUGUGCCAACGGGGGCCAGUGCUUCCACGUCGACGGGGGCUGCCUGUGCGAGGCCGGCUUCCAGGGCAGCCGCUGCGAGGAGCGGCGGUGCCUGCCCGGCCUCUACGGCCUCCACUGCCAGAGCCGCUGCCUCUGCCACCACCAGCACAGCCAGAGCUGUCACCCCUUACUGGGGGAGUGCGUCUGUCACCCUGGCUGGGCUGGGCUCUUCUGCAACGAGAGUUGCCCCCCCGGCUGGUUCGGGGCCGGCUGCCUGCNNNGGGCUCUUGUUAUCUCUGGGGGCACCCUGGGUGGGGGUCCCGGCUGUCCUGAAGUCUUCAGUCCCCCCCAGGAUGAGCACUGCUCCUCCCUGUGUCCCCCUGACACCUUUGGGACCAACUGCUCGGGGCGCUGCUCCUGCCAGCACGCCCUCGCCUGCUCCCCGCUCGACGGCUCCUGCCUCUGCAAGGAAGGCUGGCACGGACCCGACUGCUCGACGCCGUGUCCCGCCGGCACAUGGGGUCCCGGCUGCAACCGGAGCUGUGAUUGUGCCCACGGAGCUGCCUCCCGACCUGUCCCCGUACCCCAGAAUGGGACGUUCGGGGCGGGCUGCGGGCAGCGGUGCGACUGCGCCCAUGCCGACGGCUGCGAUCCGGUGACGGGAGAGUGCCGCUGCCUGCCCGGCUGGACAGGGCCGCAGUGCAAGCAGAGCUGCCCCGACGGCUUCUGGGGCCGGGGCUGCCGCACGCCCUGCUCCUGCCGCAACGGGGCCGCCUGCUCGCCCCGGGACGGAUCCUGCACCUGCACCCCGGGCUACCGUGGCCCCUGCACUCCCGGCUCCUGGGGGGACGCCUGUGCGGAGCCCUGCCGGUGCCACCACGGGGGGACGUGCCACCCCGCCGAGGGGACGUGCCACUGCCCGGCCGGCUGGACGGGGACGCUCUGCGGAGAAGCCUGCCCCCCCGGCACCUUCGGGCUCCGGUGUGAGCAGCUCUGCCGCUGCGCCCACAACGCCAGCUGCCACCCCGCCAGCGGGACGUGCCCCUGCGCCCCGGGCAGGAUCGGGCCCCACUGCGAGGCCGGGACCCCCGAGCAGCCCUACACCAUCGUGCCGGCCCCCCCGGCAGCCUACAGCUCCCUGGGGGUGGUGCUCAGCCUGGUGGCCCUGGUGGCGCUGCUGGUGGCCGUGGUGGCCGUGGCCCUGUGCUACCGGCACCGGCAGAAGGAAAAGGAGAGCCGGCACCUGGCCGUGGCCUACACGGCGGGACAGACGGACACCUCCGACUACGUGGUGCCAGAUGUGCCACCGAGCCACCACGCGCACUACUACUCCAACCCCAGCUACCACACGCUGUCCCAGUGCACGCUGCCGGCCCCCGGCCCCGGCCCCCAGGACAGAGCCAGCUCCCUCAAGGUACGGCACGGCACGGCACGGCACGGCGCGGUGCAGCGUGGCAUGUGCGGCACGGCACGGCGCUGCUGCCGGGAGCCUCGUGGCCAGCCCAUCCCGUUUGGGCUCCAGGUGCCCGGCACCCAGCUCUUCCCCGGCGUGGAGAGACCCUACGGCGCCGAAGGCAACGCCACGCUGCCGCCCGACUGGAAGCACCUCGGGGCCCCGGGCCCCAGGGGGGGGCAGCUGGACCGGAGCUACAGCUACAGCUACAGCCCGGGGACGUACAGCGGGAAAGUAAUGGUCCAGUGA